GGGGCCUGGUUCAGUGGUACAGGAAGAGGAAGACAUGAACUGGGUUUCAGAUGUCGUUUCGUUGAUUUAGCUAGGCUUCAAGGUCUCUUUUGCAAAACGUACCAGCAGCCAACCUGUUAGAUAGAUCCUGUCCCUUCCAUUACGAUCUGAGGGCUCAUGUGUAGCUGGUGCAUCUGGUGCACGAGUUCUUUCGUUGCACAGGAUACGUCCUCGGGCCAAUAGAGUCUGCACUCUUUUCCUUCACGCGUCCAAAGGAAACAAAAUUUCCAAGAAAAGAGGUUGGGGUCGUCGCGUCGGCGUUGCCCAAUCCUCUCCCAUCUCCCCCACCUCUCCUACUCCGCUCCGCGCCGUUGCCGAUCUGGCCUCCAGUCAACUCCGGCGAGUUUACUGGACUGGAGCCGAUCCGAUCCGAUCUGAUCGGACUCUGCUGGCAUCUAGCGAAGCUUGAGGAGGGGUCGCUCGCUGUCGCGGGCCACAGAUCUGCCGCGUCCGCCAUGGACGGCAACAAGGACGACGCUGUCAAGGCCCUGCGCAUCGGCAAGGACGCCCUCGACGCCGGCGAUACCUCCCGCGCCCUCAAGUUUCUGUCUAAGGCCAAGCGGCUGGACCCCUUGCUCCCCAUCGAUCACCUCCUCAACCCCCUCCUCAAUAAGGAUGACCCGUCCUCCUCACCGGCCUCGUCAUCAUCGUCAUCUGCCCCACAUCCCCCACCGCCUCCGCCGUCGCGAGCUGCAUCAUCAGCAGCCGGUGCUGACGGCUUGAGGGAAAGGAAGCAGAAGGGCAAGAAGAAGGAUGGGGAGGAGGGCGGCGGUGAUACUGCUGGGGUGAGGACGUACACGGAGGAGCAGCUGGAGGUGAUCCACCAGAUCAAGAAGCACACUAGGGAUUACUACAAGAUCCUGGGCCUCGAAAAGGACUGCACUGUUGAGGACGUGCGCAAGGCCUACCGCAAGCUCUCUCUCAAGGUGCACCCUGACAAGAACAAGGCCCCUGGUGCCGAGGAUGCCUUUAAGGCUGUCUCCAAGGCCUUCCAGUGCCUCAGCGAUGCAGAGAGCCGCAAGCGCUUCGAUCUUGUUGGUUCUGAUGAGCCGCCGGCAUACAACAGGAGGGCGGCAUCCACUGCCCGUUCAUACAAUGGGUUCUAUGAAGAUGACAUUGACCCGGAUGAGAUAUUCAGGAACUUUUUCUUUGGUGGGAUGGCUCCUGCCACCACCAGGCAGUUUGGGACGUUCCAUUUCAGGACUGGCGGGAUGCAUCAUGCUCAUGGUGUGCAGCAGGGUUCUGGUGGCUCCACUGUCCGUAUGCUUGUCCAGCUGUUGCCUGUACUGCUGCUUCUGUUGCUCAACUUUCUGCCAUCCUCUGAGCCAGUCUACUCCCUAUCCCGCUCCUACCCUUAUGAGCACAAAUUUCAAACCCAACGUGGAGUAACAUACUAUGUGAAGCUGCCUAAUUUUGAGGAUCAGUAUCCACACCAGAGCACUGAGCGUACAACACUAGAGCGGCAUGUUGAGAGGGAUUACUACUCGAUAAUAACACAGAAUUGUAGGGUUGAGCUGCAGCGUCGCCAAUGGGGGCUAGCCUACCAGACACCACAUUGUGAUAUGCUUCAGAAAUUUGAGGCGACAGCACAGUAAUUCCUCCGGUGUCGCAAGGGGUUGCGGCGAAACAGGAACUUUGGUCAUGGUGUAAAGGCUUUCCAAUACUUGCUCCGUUGAUUGUCUGUUUCAAAUUGGAGGCCAGCAAGUUAGUUUGGACUAGUAGUAAAUUUUGUGGAAUAAGUGCAUUCGAUGACUACACGCACCGCCUUGAUGUAUCUUAACAGUGUUAAGGCGUAUGCAGCCGUAACUACUUGAAAGGAUAUGUAAUUUGUUACGUUUCUUAGGGGCUGAUCAGAAUGCAGACAUGUGUAUGUAUACGAAUCAUCUAUAUUUCCUCUGAUGUUAUUGAAGAGUAUACCUGACGUAGCAGACUGUUACUGCUUUUUUCAAGA